CCUCGGCCCACGUACGGCCCACGUACGGCCAACCCACGGCAUGCCUUAACCGCAGCGCACCGCACCUCAUCACCUCCGCCAACGCUUCAAGCUUCCCAUCUCCUCUUCUCUUCUGUUCUCCCUCAUAGUUACUCUACCUCACUAAACACGGCAAGAAACGAAGCACGAUACAAUACUAUGGCAAACAGACUUGCACAGUUCGUUGGUCACUUGGAGUUAUCGCCCAUUGCGCAGGUCGCUGGGAACUCGGUUGGGAGACGUUUGGAGGGGAAGGUUGCAAUUAUCACUGGCUGUAAUUCACCGCUCGGAAUCGGCCGCGCAACAGCGCACCAAUUCGCUUACAACGGCGUGCGGGCAUUGUACGUGUGCGACUUCGACGGCUCCCACCUUCCGGCGCUGCAGCGCGAGAUCGCCGCGUCAUACCCGGGCGUGCAGGUGUUCGCGCGCACUUUCGAUGCCGCCGACGAGGCCGCCGUCAAAGCCGUGGUCGAUGAGGCCGUCAAGGAUCAUGGCCGCCUCGACGUGUUCUUUGCCAAUGCUGGCAUCGUCGGCAGUCAUGUCCCCGUCACUGAUAUUCCGAUCGAUCAGUUUAUGUGGACUAUGAGGGUUAAUGUUUCGAGUGUCUUCCUGGCCGUCAAGCAUGCGUCGAAGGCAAUGAUGUUCACCGGCCCAGAGAAGCCGCAGUCCGGCGGAUCGUUUAUCGCCACCGCAUCCACCGCGGGAAUCAGGUCUGGAGCUGGCGCAACCGACUACUCCGCGUCCAAAGCGGCGGUGAUAAACAUGAUGCAAACGAGUGCGUUCCAGCUAUCGGGGACGAACAUCCGCUGCAACGCCGUGUGCCCAGGCCUGAUCGAGACGGGGAUGACAGCGGCGGUCUACGACGGCGCCCGCAAACGCGGCACCGAGGCGAAGAUUGGACAGAUCAAUCCCCUCAAGCGCGGGGGAAACGCGGAUGAGAUCGCAAGGGUUGCGUUGUUUCUGGCUAGUGAUGAGAGCUCGUACGUGAACGCGCAGUUCUGGGCCGUCGAUGGCGGGCUCAGCGGGAGUCAUCCUACUAUGCCGGGGAGGAUGGCGUAGGCCCGUUGAAACGUUGAACGGUUGAACGGUUGUGUUGUGUCGAUAUGGUUGUUUCAUGAAUGGUUAUGUAUUCUGUCCGCUCGUAGUCAUGUAACUAUCGCCGGUUGAUAUCCUAUAUUUCUUAGGGCAUUGCGCGGGUGCGAUGGUACAUCCGCUACAUACCUCCGGUACAUCGGGCAUACCGUCGCCUACAACCCUUCAUUCUCGCCGGAUGCCGGUGUGUAGGUAUGUGGGAAGUAGUUGUUGUAAUUGUGAAAUGUAUUUUUACCGUGCAUGGCAUUGCAUCAGGG